AUGGCCAGGGUAGCAUGGGCGGUGUCCUUGAUGCUGCUGCUUGUGCUCUUCUCCCGCGGGGUGUCCUCAGCCCCCGCCAAGCACCUGUGUGGCUCCAGCCUGGUGGACGCCCUCUACUUUGUGUGUGGGGAACGGGGUUUUUUCUUCAGUCCAAACCGACUCUACAAGCGGGAUCUGGAACAUCUGCUCGGGUUCUUGUCAAAAAGAGCCAAACAAGAGCACCAGCCGCAGAGAGCUCUGUCUGGCCACAUUGAGGCCAAGGUGAAGAGAGGCAUCGUGGAGCAAUGCUGCCAUAAGCCAUGCAGCAUUCACUACCUUGAAGGCUACUGCAACUGA